CAUUAUUUCUUUCUUUAAACCCAGGAGAAAAAAAAAAUGAUUUAACAUCUAAAUUUUAGAAAAUUUGCGAAAGUUUUGUAUCUUCUUCUUCUUCUGUUCAUCGAUUAUUUCGCCUCUGCAAUGGCGCUUCCACACACAGUCUCUUCACCUUCUUCGACUUCGUUAUCUCCAUCUCCUUCCUUCAAAUCCAAGCCUCCGUUUCACUCGUCUCUACCACCGACCUUCGCCUUACGGAGUAGUAAUCGCCGGCGGCUGUGUAAACUCAGCUCCUUCCGAUGUUCAUCAUCAUCAUUCUCCGAGAAGCACCACAACAACGCGAACCCUAAGAAAUCCGACGACGUCGUGGAGCUUCCUCUGUUCCCUCUCCCGCUCGUCCUCUUCCCAGGCGCAAUCCUCCCUCUCCAGAUCUUCGAGUUCCGUUACCGAAUCAUGAUGCACACGCUCCUCCAAUCCGAUCUCCGAUUCGGCGUCGUUUACUCCGAUUCCGUCUCCGGAUCCGCCGCCGAGGUCGGAUGCGUCGGCGAGGUCGUUAAACACGAGCGGCUCGUCGACGAUCGAUUCUUCCUGAUCUGCAAAGGACAGGAGCGAUUCAGAGUCACGAAUCUCGUCCGCAAGAAGCCUUACCUCGUCGCGGAGGUGACGUGGCUGGAGGAUCGUCCUUCGGGGGAGGAGAAUCUGGAGGCGUUGGCGAGCGAGGUGGAGAUUCUGAUGAAGGAGGUGAUUCGAUUGUCGAAUAGAUUGAACGGGAAAGCAGAGAAGGAAGUGCAGGAUCUGAGGAGGAACCAGUUUCCGACGCCGUUUUCGUUUUUCGUCGGAAGCACUUUCGAAGGAGCGCCGAGAGAGCAGCAGGCGUUGCUGGAGCUGGAGGAUACGGCGGCGAGAUUAAAGAGGGAAAGAGAGACGUUGAGGAAUACACUCAAUUACUUGACUGCUGCUUCUGCUGUCAAAGAUGUCUUCCCUUCCUCCUCUUAGUACACACUCUGUGUGUUGCUCUAUUCUCUCUCGCCUUUGUCAGUGAGUGAUUACAUAUACGAAAUAUCUUUAUGAAAAUCUGCGAACUUGCUAAACUGUAAGUAAUGGUUGUAAAUUAUGGUGAGUAUUAGAUGUUUGGGAUUUUGAUAUAGGAUUACAUGCAGCUAUAAAACUUGAUCAUAAAAAUGUCGUGCUUCUAGUUCUUCUUGAGUGGAAGCGUAGAUUAGU